GUAUAUAUAUAUAUGUAUUGUGUUCGGAUUUUUCCCAAUUUCUCAUGUUAUUGCCGUGCGUGCUUAUGUGCUAAGUGUUAGUAUUAUUUUGGUCCAUUUCAUGUACUUAGUGCCGUGCAUUGCAUUCUAUAGCCGUGAGGAACUCAUCAAUUUUCCUCCACAAUGCCGUGAGCUUCUCAUUUAUGUGUUAUGUGUGAGUGUUUGUCUUGAAGUCAAGAUUCUCCCAACAUUUUUCAUGGGGACCGUGCAUGUCAUUUGGCCUUUUAUGUGUGAAUAUGUCCAAGUUUCCCCCACCAA